AUGCCCGUUGCUCACUCAGAGUCCACAAAGCCACAACGGGAACUUAAUGAACCUAUUAAACAAGAGAAGGAAAUUGAUCAUACACAAACCGAAGGGCAAAAUACAAUAACACCAACGGUUCCACUUUUUACUUUAUGGGAUUACCUCAAAGAUGAAUUAACGACCUCCGACGUUGAUACCUUACAAGAACUUAAAAGGGAAAGGGUGACCAAUUUUCUUGGUAUUCCGUGGUCGAUUGAAAAACUCAUGAUUUUUGGAUUUUUCAUUUGUUUUGAUUCUUUUUUAUACACCAUUACUAUCCUUCCAUUACGUGUAAUAUUCGCUUUUUAUUCAUUGAUCAUGAACAUUAUAUCAUUUUUUAAUAAUGACAGACAUCAUGAACGAAAGCACUAUGAAAUAUUAAAUUUAUCACAAAAGUGUGAUUUACUCAAAGGUCUACUCAUAAUUUUAGUUUGUUUAGCACUUCAAAAUGUGGAAGCAUCACAAAUAUAUCAUAUAAUCCGUGGACAAUCCGCCAUUAAAUUAUAUGUUAUCUUUAACGUCCUUGAAAUUUUAGAUCGACUUUGUUGUUCUUUUGGUGGGGACAUCCUUGAUUCCUUGUUUUCAAGAUCAACACUUGGGAAUAGAAAAGAGGAUUCAAAGAUUCAUCCAAAUUGGAGACCAGUUAAUUUUUUCAUUUUGGCAUUAAUUUAUAUCCUUAUCCAUUCGAUAAUCUUAUUUUAUCAAGCCAUUACCCUUAACGUGGCGAUCAAUUCUUAUUCAAAUGCUUUAUUGACUUUAUUAUUAUCAAAUCAAUUCAUUGAAAUUAAAGGUUCGGUGUUUAAAAGAUUUGAAAAGGAAAAUUUAUUUCAAUUAAGUUGUGCUGAUAUAGUUGAACGAUUUCAAUUGGUCAUAUUUUUAUCAGUUAUCACCGCUCGAAAUUUGAUUGAAUUAUCAGGUUCCCCACCUUCACCAUUUUCCAUUUUACCCACAUCAUUCAUUCCUUUAUUCCCAGCAAUGACAACUGUUGAGACUUUAAUGACUCCAGUAUUAUUCGUGUUAAUGUCUGAAUUGUUGGUUGAUUGGUUAAAACAUGCAUUUAUAACAAAGUUUAAUCAUAUUCGAACAAGUGUCUAUGAUCGAUACAUUGAUAUGUUAUCAAGGGAUCUCAUAAUUGGAAAUCCAACGAGAUAUCUAAAUCAUAAUAAUCAUGUUAAAUCACAAAAGUUCGUAGAUCAAUCACCGAUAGUCUCUCGUCGGAUUGGAUUCGCCGCUUUACCUUUGACUUGUUUUACGAUAAGUGUAACUUUACAAACCGUUACAAUGAUUUACGAUUGGGUACAUGAAUUGGAAGAUAAUUCAAACAAUAUGCCAAUUUCUAAUGUGGCUACACAACCUCCUAUCGUAUGGAUAUUAUGUGGAACUUUAUUUUACGUUAUGUUGAUAUUAUUAAAAUUAUUUGUCGGAAUAAAUCUUCUUGGAUUUGCUCAUAGAAGAUAUGCUAGUAUGGAAAUGCGUGAAGCUGAAGAGAGCGCGCAAGCUAAGAAACUCGAAGAUCAUGUUGUAGCGGAAAAGGAAGAAAAAGAUGCUAAAAGUCGAAUUCUUAAUAAUUCAAAUGACAAUAUAAAAAAACCUGAGGUAACGUUAGAUAAUAUUGAUCGAUAUACGUUAUUUAAAAGUCGUAUUCCUUGA